AAAGAAAUGUGAACCAAAAUUUCAGCUGGUUGUUCAUCUGAACCUGUGGCGCGAUUAGUUUGAAUGAGUGAGCAGUGAUGAUAUGGUGAGAGUGGCCAUAAAUAAAUUGAGCGGUAAUUGCCGUAAUUACUGUUCCCACCUAAGUAUGACUUCAUUUAAUCCCAAGCCAGCCUUCAACUGCCAGCUCCAGCUACUUAUUAGUCUCAGACGUCUUCCAAAAAAUUCAUCUUCUUCUUUUGUCAAGACCAGAAUUUUAUGUCCUCUGCCUCUUCUUCAAGUUUUUCGCGAAAAUCCCACCAAUCCCACUUCCCAAGUUCGGUUUCUUUCCUCCGCAUCAAGGAGUAAUUUGCUGAUGGAGCUGGUCAAAGCAGUUGCAAGCAAAGGGUCUCAAACAGGGCAGAGCAUUGCCGUAAGAUCUGAACAGAAAAGCUAUAGUUACCAUCAACUCAUAUCAUCUGCUUGGAGGAUUUCUACUCUGUUAUGCAAUGGUGGUCUGAAAACUGCUGUGGAUCUCAAAGGAAAUAAGCAUCUUGGUGGAAUUAGGAUAGGCAUUGUAGCUAAACCUUGUGCCGAGUUUGUUGCUGGCAUACUUGGAACUUGGCUCAGUGGAGGUGUUGCAGUUCCUCUUGCACUUAGCUAUCCAGAGGCUGAGCUACUGCAUGUUAUGAAUGAUUCUGACGUCUCCAUGAUUUUGAGUACUGAAGAUCAUCAGGAAAUCUUGAAAGAUGUUGCAGCUAAAACUGCAGCUCACUUUUCUCUUCUUCCUCCUGUUGUUAGCACAUCAACUGAGCUUGAUCAGUCACAUAACGGAGAGCUGAAUGUUAUUGAGCGGGUACAGGGAAUAGAAAACUUUAGUGAGAUCGAAGAUGAGAAACCGGCAUUAAUACUGUACACUAGUGGCACAACAGGUAAACCAAAAGGAGUUGUUCAUACACACGGAAGCAUCUUGGCUCAGGUUCAAAUGUUGGCAAAUGCUUGGGAGUACUCACCUAGUGAUCAAUUUUUACACUGUUUACCGCUACAUCAUGUGCACGGCCUUUUCAAUGCUUUGCUUGCUCCUCUAUAUGCUGGUUCUGUGGUGGAGUUCAUGCCAAAAUUUAGCGUUAGGGGAAUUUGGCAGAGAUGGCGGGAAUCAUAUCCAAGAAAAGAGACAAAAGUUGAUGAUGCUAUAACUGUAUUUACAGGAGUUCCAACUAUGUAUACACGAUUAAUACAAGGUUAUGAAGCUAUGGAUCCUGAGUUACAAGCCAUCUCUGCUUUAGCGGCUGGCCAGCUUCGUCUAAUGAUGUGUGGCUCCUCUGCACUUCCUCUUCCUAUCAUGCAGCAGUGGGAAGCCAUUACUGGACAUCGCCUACUCGAAAGAUAUGGCAUGACUGAGUUUGUCAUGGCUAUUUCUAAUCCCCUAAGAGGUGUAAGGAAAGGUGGAACUGUUGGAAAACCAUUGCCAGGUGUGCAGGUCAAGAUUCUCGCUGAAGAUGGGAGUGAUGAUGACAAAUCAGGGGUGGGUGAACUCUGUGUUAAGAGCCCUUCACUGUUCAAGGGAUACUGGAAACUUCCUAAGGUGACUGAGGAAUCUUUUAUUGAUGGGGGGUUUUUCAAGACUGGAGAUGCUGUUAGAGUGGAUGAAGAUGGAUAUUACAUCAUUUUGGGACGUACAAAUGCUGAUAUAAUGAAAGCUGGUGGAUAUAAGUUAUCUGCAUUGGAAAUCGAAGCAGUUCUUUUGGAGCACCCGGUUAUCUCAGAAUGCUGCGUAUUGGGCUUACCGGACAGAGACUAUGGAGAGGCUGUGUGUGCAAUUGUUGUACCUGAUGCAGAAGUCAAAAGAAAAAGGGAGGAAGAGCUUAAGCCUGCCCUUAGCUUAGAGGAAUUGUCAACUUGGGCUAAAGAGAAACUUGCUCCAUACAAGCUACCUACUCGUUUGUUGCUAUGGGAGUCACUACCUCGUAAUGCUAUGGGAAAGGUGAAUAAGAAAGAUUUGAAGAGAAAAUUAGCUGCUGAUGUACAAUAAACUCUUAGGGUUGCAAAUGAAGAACAGGACGGAAACUGUAGAUUGCAGUAAUAAGCUGCUGCAUUUCACUUUGCUCUUCUUGCUGUUUCAAGGUGUCUUUUAUCAGAAGAAUGGCUGCAUAGGUGAACAUCAGGAACAGUAAGAAGCUAUUUGGACGUUAUCUUUAGUUAAUAAAAGCUGGAGAUUCUACGCAUGUACUGAGCUACCAAAUUUAGGGCCUUUAAAUUCUCCUAGUGUCACUACAGUGAUUGAAGGAAUCAUUUCUAUCUAAAUUGAUCAAUCGAUUGUAGGACAAGUAACCUUUUAAUGUAAUACAAUUGCAAAAAGCUUUCAGGUAGCAUAAUACAUCAACCUUUGCAAAGCUUACUACAUUUACAUUUGGUUUUCA